GCCACAAUGUUCCGCGCCACCUUCGCCCGCAACGUCCGCCUCUUCACCUCCUCUGCCCGCGUGCAAAAGUCCGUCAUCGACAGCGCAAAGGACGCCGCCCAGAAGGUCGACCGCACCGUCUCAGACGCAGCCGUCAAGGGCAUCGAGAAGGGCGAGCAAGCCGCCGGCAACCUCAAGCAGACGGCCGGCGCCAACGCCCAGAAGGCCCAGGCCACGGCCUCGGAAGCCGCCGGCAAGGCCCAGGGCUCCGCCUCGCAGGCCACCGGCCAGGCGUCGGGCACCGCGUCGCAGACCGCGGGCCAGGCCUCGGGCAAGGCAUCUGAGCUGGCGGGCGAGGCCAAGGGCAAGGCCUCGGAGCUUGCGGGCCAAGCCAAGGGCAAGGCCGAGGAGGUCAAGUCGAAGAUGUAAACGCACCCGCGCGCUUCUUCUUUGUGAGGAUCGGAAGACGCCCGCCUCUUUUUCCUUGAACAAAAAAAGCUGGCAAGACCCGUUGUCGCUCUCAACUACCUAGGGCCUUUUCGGCAUGAUGGAACGAUGGCUAUGACUUUGUACUUUAUCACCUUUACAUACAUGAUUUAAUAGCAUCGGAUGCUACUCUACACGUAC